UGGCCAGCUGGGCGAGGCUGGUAGCCUGGCAGUGAGUGGCAGUGUCUGUGCGUCUGACUGUAUACGAUACGUGACACGCCACACUCCUCCACCCCACCUGCAGCUGCUGCCUCGCCUUGUCACUGCCCAGCCUGUGAGACAUUCCUCUCUCCCAAACAAUCAAGUGUAGUGGGGCAGCACCUUUCAGCGUGCUACAAGCAUUGAAGGAUUGCUGACGUAGAGACUGAGUCAUUGCAAGCAGGCUAGCAGCAGGCAAAUAAGACCUGGGAGCAUAACUGUUUCGUUUUGUUUCGUGCUGUGCUCCUUGGCAUCGUAAUCUAGUGCUUCUCAGGUCCUAAUUAAUCUUCUGGGUGGUGUUGAGCGUGCGGUAGUGUGUGGCAGUGGUAUUUGUGUUGGUGUGUAAGUGUGAGUCUCUGAUGAACCAUGGCGUCUCCAACAUUUGACAAGCUGCCUCUGGAGAAUGCCCUCGAUGAUUCGCCUCAGAUCCGCACACUGGUGGGGUUGUUUGCAGCCGACUCACAGGCACUGAAGGACUAUGUGACCACCCUACACCAGCUCUCCUCAAAGCUGGUGGCGGCCCAUAACCAGUUGACCUCAGCUUACCAAGACCUGGCAAAACACCUCAAGGCUUACAAGAACAUUAAGUUUUCAGUGGACAAUGAAAAGGGAGAAGCCGUGGCUGAAAACCUGGAGAAAUUUGCCUCCCACAUUUCAGAGAUGAGUUCAUGGGAGCACAUCGUUGCCACUCAAAUAGCAGAUGGGUCGGUGUAUCCUCUGUCAAGAUUCAUAGACACAGAGUUACAUGAAAUGGACACCAUGGCAUCACUGCAUCAAAAUGCUGGAUUAGACAUGGAGAAAGCCAUUUCACGCUACAGUCGGUGCCGUCGGAAAGACCCCGAGAUGGAGCGGCGUGAGGCAAACGAGGAUGUUUAUGUCACCAGGAAGAAAUUCCACCAGAUGGCACUACACUACUAUGCCAAAAUGAACCAGCUUCAGUACUCACACAAGAUAGCAUUGCUGGAACCAGUCCUUGGCUUGCUGGUGGCAACAAGGGCACACUACAACAUGGGCCAUGACACCCUCUCUGUCCCUAAGCUGGAAGAUUUUCUUUCCACUGUGUCUGUGUCUGCCAAGAGCAUCCAUGAGGACCAAAUGAAGGAAAGAAAUGAAACCCUUGAGCUGAUCGACUCCAUAAUCACCCAGUCCCAGCUCAUGUAUUACGCUCAGCCUCCUGCGGACAUUGCUGCACUGCCCCCAGACACCACCCUCACCACUAAGAGUGGCUACCUCAACGUGCAGAAGAAGUACAUGGGUGUCAUGAGCUCCUGGGAGCGACAGUACGUGUUUGUGGAAGGUGGCAACCUGAUGGGGGUGGCCAAGGGUGAGGCAGUGGGGUCGCUGUUGCUGGAGAUUGACUCCUCAACAGUGGUGCAUGCCACAGACACGGACGACCGCCUCCAUGUGUUCCAAGUUGCCACCAGUAAAAAGUACAUCACCCUACAAGCCCUCAAUGACCGGGAGCGAGACGAGUGGAUGCUGACCAUCCACAAUCUAGGCAAGGAUGGCGGAUACAUCAAGGAUGAAAAGGUUGUUCCUCCGUCUCUCCUGUCUGGCGUGGGACAGUUCUUUGCUGACAAGUUCCAUGCUGCUUCUGCUGCCAUUGGCUCCACUCCCCCAACCCCAACCCUUGCCAGCUCCACUGCCACCACCACCUCCACUGCCUCGACAGGAGCCACCAGCAGUCCCCCAGAGGUAGUGGCCAUUCCCCCCGAUGCUCCAAUCAUGUUUGACCUUCUCACUUCCACUGAGGAAACCUUGAUGCUUGAUAUGAACAGCGAGAAUGACGAGUCUGCUGGUGGGGACGUGGUGCUGAAGGAGGAUGAGUCACGCACAUUCUUUGGGGUGCGCUUCCUGGGCUCUAUGGGCGUCAAUGUGGACCGAGUUGUUUCUUUCAUAAAUGGUCAGAGUGUGGUGUGUGAGGUGAUGCGGAGGAUCCUGGCAGCGAGGGCCAUCCAUAACCUUUUCUCCACCACUGAGCUCAAGUUGUGCAUUACCAGCACCCACCUGGUGCUUGCUGACCCAGCCUCUAGUGCCAUCCGCCUCCAGCACAGUCUGAAAGAGAUUGCCUACUGGGCUGCUCACACUGAAAACCACAAAUUAGUUGGGUACAUUGUGCGGCAGAGUGAUAAUAAUGGCCUGGAGGGCACAAAGUUUUCUUGUUUUGUGUAUGAAGCAGACGUCAGCGGGACAGAUGUGUGCUCAGCCCUGGGCGUAGCAGCCAAGGCAGCCUAUGAACAGCUACUGGAGAAGAAGACAUUUGAGAAAAAGAGAAAACAAGAAACAAAGUUGCUUUUGGCCAACAUUGCACAGCUGCCUGACAUCAGUGAUCCCCCCAAGGUGAGCUCUGAUGGACAGUUUCUCAUUUUGGACGGUGAUGUGCCGGGGGAGUCACCCACUCACUCCCCUCCUGCAGUGCCACGCCUCCCUCAGCCAGCCCCUGCUCCCCGCUUCCCACCACCUGCUGAGGAGGAGCAUCCAGAGAGUGAGGCUUAGCACCACACAUCCUCCCUUGAGUGUCCACCAUGUAUCACUUUGUCUUUGCCUGCCUGAGGUUGAGCAUGCUCUGUAUCAGCCCAUGGUUCACACUGACAGUGCCAGCUGUGUAGUAUGUAUGGCAAUAGGCAGCUGCUGUCGGCCCUCAAGUGUCAGGUUGGUGCAUUUGCUUGGCUGCCAACACUCAGGUUCACUCUUUGUUGUCGCAGGUGAGUGGUUGGAGUGGAUCUGUCAACUCUAGAUUAGGUUAUUAGUAGGAUGUCUUGCAUUUAAGUAUUUUGUAGUAUUUGUAACUUUUUAUCUGAGAGAAGCAAUUUUUAAGCAGCAUUCAAUUGCUUGGGAAGUCCUGAUUGGUAAUUAGUUCAGUAGUAUUUACAAGUCACAUGUCAGGUUUAUGAAAUGGAGGAGGAUGAAUAUAAAACAUUGCAGUUUUAAUUAUCUAUAAUGUGUGGCUCAGAUCCUGUACAUUUUCUUUUGAUUAACGUGAGAGGUUUUCAUUUUGAGUUACAAGUGACGAUCAGUGUUUGUGUGGCAGUUUACAUCAGCAACAUUACCAUGAUAAGGAUAAAUCUCAUGUUUGUUCCAAAGAAAUCCAUUCCUUCAUUCUUUUCCUUUCCCUGUCAUAGUUGAUGAUGUGUUGAGUGCAGCCCAACACAACAUACUCUUGAUGGUGAACAGUGGCAGCGUCUGGUAUUUGAUGUGUCCAUUAUGUGUCAUUACCUGAUGAAGAGUCCAAGAGUUGAUUAGUGAAUUGGUCUUCAAGGAUAGGACUAGUUUUUUAUGAUAUGAAUUUUGCUGCUCAUAUAUACAAUUAUUUUUGUAUAUGAAGAUCAGGACUGUCUUUUUUGUAUUAUUAAUUUUUGCCUCAUAUUUACAGUUAAUCAUGAUUGAUUUUUUCACAUUCAUCAAGAGUUUAUAUGGGUAGCAGGUUUUCACAGAUGCAUGUGUCAUUGAAAGUGAUUGGCAAUUGGUCAUUCAUUAUCUUUUCUAACAUAUUUUCUUAUCCCUUAGUAGGACCUUAUUCACUUUACUUAGACCAGCUUUGGCAGUCAUACACCAGCUAAGUAAAGAGAGGACUGAUAAGGUUAACACACACACACACACACACACACACACACACACACACACACACACACACACACACACACACACACACACACACACACACACACACACACACACACACACA